AUGGAAACAGUUGGUUCCCGUGAUUUGACAUCAUCAAGUUAUGGAAAGGCUGAUUUGUUAUUCGAAAACAACAAGGGUAUGGUUAUUCAUGACAAGAACCAAAAGGUAGUUGCCGUCGAUCAAGUAUACAAGGAUAAAGAUAUAUUAAAAGCUGUGAUGGUGAAUUAUGCAAUUACAAACAGGUUCAACUAUCGUACAGAAAGGAGUAAUGCAAUAAGCUACACACUUGUGUGCGUAUCAGGAGAGUGUGAUUGGAAAUUCAGGGCAUCAAGUGUAGGCUUUGAUUAUUGUCGGCCAAUUGUGGUAGUUGACGGAAGCCACUUAAAAACAUCAUACAAUGGAACAUUUGUCUCGGCAAGCACAUUAGACGGUGCAGGCAACAUACUUCCCUUAGCAUAUGGUGUGAUUGAUUCUGAGAAUGACAGAUCAUGGACGUGGUUUUUCGAGCGUUUCAGAGAAACAUAUGAAAUUAGAGGGAAUAUGUGUAUCGUAUCAGAUAGGCAUGAAAGUAUAAACAAGGCUGUUUGUAGAAUUUAUCCAGAAGUUGCGCAUUAUGCAUGUAUAUGGCAUCUGUGGGGUAAUGCAUACACGCAGGAUGAUUUUGAUGAGUUCAUGGGGAAGGUUCAAAAGGUAGAUAUGGGUGUGGCAGAGUAUUUGGAAUCGACUGGUAGAGACAAGUGGGCUAGAUUGUAUGCAUCUGUUAACCGAGGGUGGACAAUGACUUCUAACAUAGCAGAGUGCAUUAACCGACAUCUUCUAGCAGCUAGAGGACUUCCCAUGUAUGACUUUCUCGAAGAAUCGGAGAAAUGGAACAUACACUUUAAUGCUUGUUAUAAUGUAUUUGACAAACUUGUACUUGUACUAAUCUGUGGUGUUUCUACACAUUAUAUGAAUGUGUAUUUGGUAUCAAUGAACAAUGAAAUCCCCUGCCCGCAUGCAUGGACUGUCAUUAAAAAGAAAAAUCUGGUUGCUAAUGAUUAUUGCUCUGAUUUGGUUAAACCGGAGACCGUGUUGAAGACACAUGAUGUACCUGUGGAUCCUCUACCCGACGAGCGUGAAUUGAACAUUCCCAAAUACAUCUUGGAGGAUGUGAUUUUGCCACCAAGAUACAAGAGACUGUCUGGUAGGCCAAAGAAGAGGCGUGAUAAGCCUUUAAGUGAAUUGUUGUUUGGAAAGAACAGACAUGCUUGCAGUACUUGUGGACAACUUGGACACAACAGACGUUCAUGUAAUUUUGAGCCUCUAAGGAAGUGA